GUAUCCCUGUUGUAGUUGUGGUGACGUUUUGACAAUUGGAUUUGACGUCCAUAAUAUUUCCAUCACCAAAAGGCCAAAAGGUUUAAAGGUUUACAAAAAACAAUGGUCGAAGAAAAGAAUCCUCCUGAAAAUGUGGAAAAAGUGGAAGAAGAGCAGACAGCGGCGCCUCCGCCACCUGAACCAGCAAAAGUGUUCACAGUAGAAAUUUUGCACAUGAUAAAAGAGGCCCAGCAGCAGCAUGGUCUUCGGCAUGGCGAUUACCAACGUUAUCGUGGUUAUUGUACUAGGCGUAUUCGUCGCCUGCGAAAAGCGUUGAAGUUUCCUCAAGGCGACAAGAGACAUUUCAAGCGUAGAGAUGUAACUUUGGGGCAGUUAACUGGGAAGCGGGCUGAUGAGCGGUUCAUACAUAUACCACUAAUAAGUGCUGAGCGAGCCUGGGCUUAUGCCAUGCAAUUGAAGCAGGAAUCGAAUACGGAGCCUCGCAAGCGUUUCCAUUUGAUAAGUAAAUUGAGAAAGGCUUGUGUAUAUGCCCUCCAACUGCAAGAAUUGUGCAAUUCGGAUGCUUUCGACGCUCGCACAAAACUGGAAUGUGAGGCAUACGUUGCCUGGAUGCAUGGUAGCCUGCAUUUUGAAUUACAACUGUGGAAAACAGCCGGUGAACACUUGAAACGUGCACAAGUGGUUUAUGAAAAUUUGGCCAAGGCUUUGCCCGAGGACGAACAGGAACUUUAUCGGGCUAAAGUCAAUGAGUUUACUCCUAAUUUACGAUACUGCGCCUAUAAUAUCGGUGGCGGUCGCGCUGCCGGUGGAAAUAUGGAUGAUUUACUAGAAUUUAGAGCUCAAGGAUUACUUGAGAACUUAGACGAUUUGGUGAAUAAAACUAAGACGGAAAGCAGUGAAGGUUUGCAGACCAUUGAAUGGCGUGGAAGAAAGGUCACAGUCCGACCCGAAAAGGUGCGAUUAUUCUUGCUCAGUGCUCAAGAACUCGACAAAGGUCUUGAAAAGGCUUCUAAAAUUGAUUCAAAGAUUGAAUUGAUAGAACGAACUUUAAUGGAUUGCAAGGACGCCAUUCAAGCAGUUAAGGAAGAGAUUAAACAGGAUCCUAAAUUGCGUUCGCUGACAACAGGCCAGACCGUUUCUGGUAUUCAAUAUCUUUUGGCAUAUCUUUCUUACAUUCGCCAUAGUCGCACAUUACAACGUAAUUUAUGUUUGGUAGAACAAGCCAAAGCGAACUUCGAUGACCCGAAUCAAAAGUCACAAAUUGGAGGCGGUGACGGCAAGCGAGUUCGGCCACAAGAUUUGACACGCUUGUACGAAAUUAUACUCCAAAACGUAACGGAAAUGCAACAAAUUUCUGGAAUGGAGGAAGAUCAAGCAUAUCAAUCGGAAAUAGAAAAUCUUGCACUUACUUUCAAGGCAUUCCGCUGUUAUUACAUAGCACUUACCUUGGUUGAUAUGAAGAAAUGGAAAGAAGCCGUGGCACUCUAUGAACGUUCAUCUAAAUACGCUAGCGAAGCUUUAAAGACUACAACAACCGAUGUUUUUAAUUUGAGCGGCGAGCUUAAAAAACUCAUAUCUACAAUUGAUAGCUGCAAGUUUUCUGCUCAUGCAUAUAGUGUCCUUGAGGACGACAAUACCGACGAUCCAAUUUUUACUUCAAAAUCACAGAAGUCUUCAAAACCAUUGUUCGAACGGCUUUCCCAAUACAAGGAAGAUCAAUCAUUGCACACUAAGAAUCCUAAUGUUUUCAAGAUGGUUCCCGAAAUGGAGGCCAUACCCUGCAAGCCACUAUUUUUCGAUUUAGCAUUGAAUUACGUCGAGUUUCCAUCUUUGGAAGAUAAACUGCAAUCACCUGGAAAGAAGGGCAUAUCCGGCUUUGUUAAGGGCUUCCUAGGAUGGGGAGGUAACAAGUAAAUACCAUUUCCUUUUAAUAUCUGCAACAAGUUGAUUCCAUAAAGUCGCAUAUAAGGUGAUGUUCGAAUUCAAACAUCCCUUUUUAAGUUCGUAUUGGUAUUGAUAUAAUUUAUAUCGUAUCUUAGCAAUGUAUUUGUUAUUGUGUUUUUUUAUUCAGAAAUAAACAUCUUCUCGGUGAUUUUCUUAAA